AAGUUAUACAGAUGGUAUUGAAAAGAAAAUAAUAUUUUUUAAGAAAGAAAAAAAGGGGAGUGUAUCAGUAUUUAAUCUGGCAUCUAGUGGAUAAUUCUUCAUCAUAAAACAGCAGCCCUGGCCUGCCACAAUCCUUUCGACUCCGUCAUCCUCAGUCUGAUAUUAGAAAUCCUUGAACGACGCGCAUCACAGACCGAGGGGUGACAAGUCGUUCGAUAUGUCGUUUGGCACUUCAUAUACCUACAAGGUAUACAAGUGCUGUGGCGUUGGAGGUGGAGGGUCCACAGUACCACAGACACAACUUCUUGGUACAAGUAUUGUCGGGACCACCUCCGGAAGAAGCGUCAUCAUGCAGGACCCAGUACUCGAAUCAAUUCUUGAGCAAAUGCGCGAGACGGAGGCUCGCAGAGCUGAAUUAGAACGUGAACAUGCUGAUGCACAAAAUCAAUUGCGAGAAAAAUUAGCUGGAAGAUAUCAAGGGCCAGAAUCAAUUGAGGCAAUACAAUCAAAAAUACGUGAAUUAGAAAAAAAAACAGAACUUGAAAUAGUACGUCAUGAAGAAUUAUCAUUAGAAUUGACUAGUUUAAGACGUGCACGUAGUCGUGGUCCAGGUGCAACAACAACAUCAUCAAAUUUAUCUGGUACAACGUGGCCACCAGCUGGUUCAGAUAUUGAUAGAAUGAUUGCCAAAAUUGAACAGGAUAGCAGUGGAAGGAUAAUGCAUGAGUUGGAUCAUGCAAGAGGUACUGUAACGACUCAACAGCCUUCAUCGGUCCAAGGUAUUCUCAGAUCAAGUGCUGAAAAUCUUCAUAAUCUUGGACAACAUCAUCCACCUCAUCCACAUGCAUUAAAUCUUGGAAUGACAUCACAACCCUCUCACUAUGCAGGCUCACCAAUGCCAUUGACACCAUUGAUGCCAGGCUGUCCACCACUGACACCAAAUGGUCCACCCUAUCAUUAUAGCGAGCCAAUUCCACCAGCACCCUCAUUAUCAACAAGCCAAACACAGCCAGUAUUUCAACAAAAAUUACAAUAUCAAACAAUACAACCACAUCAAUCACAUGUUGAUUUAACAGCACCACAUUCACAAACAACACAAUCACAACAACACCAACAACAACAACAACAACAGCAACAACAUCAAUUACAACAGCAACAAAAACAGCAACAACAAACGCACACACAUUUUUCAAAUAAUCAUUAUCAAGAAACUUAUCCACAUACUCAAACGUAUCAACAACCACAGAAUCAACAAUUACCAACAGCAUCAAGUUGUUCUUAUCUUGGAUCAACAAAUCAAACAGCAUUGCCACAUUAUAGUCAGCCAAAUCAAACUAGUCAAAAUUAUCAAAUAAAUGGAACUCAACAGACAACGAAUUAUUCAAAUUUGAAUAUGGCAUCACAUCCAAAUGGAACAUUUACAUCAAGUGGUAUUGGAAGUAACUACAAUACAUCACAUCAAAUGCCACAUCAUAAUUAUUCAGUGCCAUCAUCAAAUAUUGUUCAAACAACUCUUGCAAGUUUACCACCUUAUUCAUCAUCAUCUUAUCAUUCAACUGGAUUAUCAAGUACACCACAAUCAGUUCUUCCUUAUUCAAGCGUACAGAAUACAUAUUCAACUGCUGGAUCAACAUAUUCAACAGUGGGGACCAAUGCUUUUGGCACACCAGGUGUUAAUUCUGGCUCAUCAUCAAGUGGUCUUCUUCAAGCAAUUGGUGAUCCAUUACAAGCAAUGCAACAAUUAUCAGCUCAAUCACAAGCAAAUCAAUUACAUCAACAAGCUAUUAUACAUCAAAUACAACAAUCAUUACGUGCAAGUUCACCAACGCCAACAUCAACAUCAGGACAUCAUUUUCUUGGACCACGACAAAUGCCUAAAAUACCAACUGGUAUAUUGACAAAUCCAUUAGACAGAUUAACAAGUGAUACACUUAAUGAAGGACAAGUUGAUAUGUUAGAUAUACCAGGAAAGGGUAGAUGUUAUGUUUACAUUGCUAGAUUUAGUUAUGAGCCAUUUCAACAUUCACCAAAUGAAAAUCCAGAAGCUGAAUUACCAGUACAAGGUGGUGAUUAUUUAUUAGUAUGGGGACAACCAGAUGAUGAUGGUUUUUUGGAUGCUGAAACACUUGAUGGAAGAAGAGGACUUGUACCAGCUAAUUUUGUACAAAAACUUGUUGGUGAUGAUUUAUUGGAAUUUCAUCAAGCUGUACUUGGACUUCGUGAUGUUGAUGAUGCUGCUUCAACAAAUAUUCCACAAUGUUAUCUACAAGAUAUUGAUCUAGAGCUUGCUGCACUUGAAGAGGGCAAUCGCAAUCGUCAUGAACUAUCAGCAUAUGCAGAGCUGGAUAAUAUUGCUGAUGAAGAUGAACAAGAACCACCAGAAGUCUACCUGUUUUCGGACCUAGUUCCGGCCCCGCAGCAUCUCACCCUGGAGCGUCAGCUGAACAAGAGUGUGCUGAUCAAUUGGACUGCACCAGAGAAUUCCCAUCAGCUGGAGUCUUAUCAUGUCUAUGUUGAUGGUGUCCUGAAGGUGACUGUCAAAGCAACUGAAAGAACUCGGGCACUCGUUGAAGGUGUUGAUUCUACAAGGCCACACAGAAUAAGUGUACGUUCAGUGACACAUUCAAGAAGAACAUCAAGAGAUGCUGCAUGUACAAUGGUCAUUGGUAAAGAUGGUUCUGUUGGUCCAACAGCAGUUAAAGCAUCAAAUGUAACAGCAACAAGUGCAAUAAUAUCAUGGUUACCAAGUAAUAGUAAUCAUCAGCAUGUUGUUUGUGUUAACAAUGUUGAAGUUAGAACAGUUAAACCAGGUGUUUAUCGCCAUACAAUAACUGGUCUUGCACCAUCAACAAUAUAUCGUGUCACUGUGAAAGCCAAAAAUUUACGUGCAACAAAUUUUGAGGACCAAAAUGCUCAGUCGGCCAAUAAUCUUGCCUGCCACGUACACUUUAAGACUUUGCCAAAGGGUCUACCAGAUCCUCCAGUUGAUAUCCAGGUGGAGGCUGGACCGCAGGACGGCACUUUGCUAGUUACUUGGCACCCUGUUGCCCUAAGCGGUUCUGCUGUCACCGGUUAUGCAGUUUACGCGGACGGCAAGAAGGUCACAGACGUUGAUAGUCCAACGGGUGAUCAUGCCCUUGUUGAUAUACACAAAUUAAUGAGUUUAAAUCCAAAGGCUAUCACAGUGAGAACGAAAAGUCGUGAAAGUCAAUCUGGUGAUAGUUGUGCAACAGCAAUACCAUGUACUGUAUUACGUGGUGGUGGUGGUGGUCCACAUAUGCAACAACAUAUGGAUGGACAACAACAACAGCAACAACAACGUAUGGGUGGUGUUGGACAAAGAUAUCCUGGUUCAUCAGUACCAGCACAUAUGAGACGACACAAUACUAGAGUUGAUGCACAUGGACAAGUCAUCAUUGAGACUGAUGAAAAUUUAUCAGAUAAAGAAAUAUAUCCUGGUCAAAAUUUACAAAUGGGAAUUCCAGAAAUGACGAAAGACUCGGCGAGUGAAAAUUAUAGUGAAGAAGAUGAUCCAAUGAGAAAUAGAAGGGGAAUGGGACCUCAACAACAACAACAGCAGCAGCAGCAACAGCUACAGCAACAACAGCAAUUACAGGGACAACAAGGACAAUUACAGGGUCAACAGGGACAACAACAACAACAUCGGUAUGGAUUACAAUCUGGUAGUGGAUCUCAAGUUCCACCUGGUAUUCAUCGACCAAGUCGAAUUGCUGGACCAAGAGGUACUCAAGAUCCAUACUAUGGUUCUGAUCAACCAGGAACUCCAAGAGGUAGAGGACCAUCUUAUCGUGGUGGAAGAGGUAAUCAGUCACAAAGUGGUGGUUUAUCUCAUCAUCCUGGCUCACAGCAACAAGUUAACAAAAGACCAAGAUUUUUCAUAGCACUAUUUGAUUAUGAUCCAACAACAAUGUCACCAAAUCCUGAUGCAUGUGAAAUUGAAUUACCAUUUUCUGAGGGUGAUACAAUCAAGGUUUAUGGAGAAAAAGAUGAUGAUGGAUUUUAUUGGGGUGAAUGUCGUGGACGUCAAGGAUUUGUUCCUCAUAAUAUGGUAGAAGAAGUUAAAAAUCCUUCAGCAAGUGGACAAGGCCAAAAUCAAACUGGUCGACGUGGUCAGGGUGAUAGAUGGGGUGAUAUUUAUACAAAUAUGCCAGUUAGAAAAAUGGUUGCAUUGUAUGAUUAUGAUCCACAAGUAUUAUCACCCAAUGUUGAUGCUGAGCAAGUUGAAUUACGUUUUCAAACUGGAAAUGAAAUAUAUGUUUAUGGUGAAAUGGAUGAUGAUGGUUUUUACAUGGGUGAAUUGGAUGGUGUACGUGGACUUGUACCGAGUAAUUUUCUUACUGAUGCAGUACCAAAUAAACAGGGUCAACCAGGUCAACCUGGUCGUCGUCCACCAGGUCAAGGACAAGGACCAGGUGCACGUGGACCACCACCACCACCAAGAGAACCACCACCGCCUGGUCAUCGUCGUAAUAAAGAUGCCUGCAUUGUGCCUGUGUCUGUCCCUGUCUGUCACUUAGACUCUAGACAACAACAACAACAACAAAAUCAACAACUACAACAACAACCACAACAACAACAUCAAAACCAACUACAACAACAAAACAAUUCACCGCAUCUAGCGUAUCAACAAGCCAAUCAUCACAGCUACACAACAGUUACAACGUCAAAUCAGCAUGGUGGUCCUGGUACAGGAAUGGGUCAAAACCAUCAACCUGGUACUGUACCACCUCAUCUUCAACAGCAGGGGAGGGGGAGAGGCGUGGGCAAUCGGAUCGUUGGUAAUAAUAUGCCUGGUAAUCAUCAAAAUAAUCAGCAACAAUAUCAACAGCAACAACAGCAACAACAACAAUUGGAUCAACAACAAAAUCAGGGAUAUCAGCAAGCGGGUAUGCAGGGUCAAUCAGGCUAUCAACAAAAUUACAAUCAACAACAAUCAACAAUGCAACAGCAGCAACAACAACAACAUGGUCAACAACAAGGAGCUCAAUAUGGUCAACAAGGACCUCAACAGGGUGGUUCAUCAAUGAUGCAAGGACAACAAAUGAAUAAACAAAUGCGUGGUAUACCAGCAGUAAUACCAAAUGCUCAAAAACCACUUGAUCAAAAUCUACAACAGCAACAACAACAACAGCCAGGACAACAGCCAGGACAACCACCAAUUGCUGGUCCAAAUUUAAUGCAAAAAUUUACUGAAAUGGCUGGUGCUAGUGCUGGUGGUGAUAUAUUAUCAAAAGGAAAAGAACUUAUAUUUAUGAAAUUUGGAUUAGGAAAGUGAGCCAUUGAUAAUACUAGAUUAUUUAUUCAAAUUGUUAAAUGCUUGAUGAGUUUUAUCUCGUGAUAUUAAAUUUAAUAAAUUUAAAUUACCACCAUAAUUAUUUCAUCAGCAUAAUUAUGUUUUGUCUAUUUAAUAUAAUAUAUAUAUAUGAAAAAAAAAAAAAAAAAAUACAUUAACAAAUUGAGACGCUCAAGGUCAAAAAUAAUAAAAAUAUAAAUUGGAAAAAUAUAUAUAUAUAUAAUCGCGCACAAAAGUAUUAUCAUAUAAUAACUUUCAUAAAUAAUUAACGAAUUUAAAUCGUUAAAAUAAUAUAUAUAGGUAAUUAAUUAAUAUGCGCGAAAGAGUGGGUGUGCCUUGAGAUGCCUCACCUUCACGAUGAUGUUGAAUGAAAAAUUUUAAUUAUUGUUUUAUCUCAAAUAAAUAAUAAUAACAGUGUUUCGUUAUACAUAUAUAGUAUAUAACACCAUAAAUUAUAUAUUCAAAAAAAUCUAAUAAUAUUACUACUACCGCAAAGUUCCUCAUUCGAUAAUCUAUGCUUUUUGGUUUUUCUUUAAAUUAUUAUUUUAGAUAUUUAAACAAAAAAAAAAAAAUAUAUCAUUAUUUUAUUCUCAAGAUUGAAUAAAUUAAUUUAAAAUUUAAUCAUAAAUAUAUGAUAUACAUAAGAGAAAAAGUAUAUAUAUAAAAAAUAUUAUAUUUGACUAUUGCAAAUUGUUUGUUACAACGCUAUUGGUACUUGUAUUUUGUACAAAAUAUAUAAUCCAAUGUUUAUUUUUUUUUUGCCAGAGAUAUAUUGAUUAAUAAUGCAACAAAAUAUAAAAAAAUUCAUAGCUAAUAUGAAUAAAUAAAUAUUACAAAAAAAAAUAUAUUAAGAGAUAAAUUAAAUAUCUCGUUAAAUUAAAAAUAAAUAAAUCAUGAAAUUUAAAAUAAUAAAACUAUAUUAAAUUAAUAAUGUUAUACAUGGAGGAAAUGAAUGAGUUUUAAAAAAAUAAUUAAAUACCUAAAAUAGUAAUUAAUUUCAGUACUUUAUUAGUAUUGAUUCUUGAUAAUUAUUUAUUGAAUCUUUGAAAAUAAAAUAAAUAAAUUUCCUGAGUGUAUUGUGUAAUUAUUCAUAGAUAUGUAUAUAUAAAAAAAUAUCAAACAAUAUCCAUUGGAAUAUUGUUUAAACGAGCCGAUCAAUUGUGAUCAGAUAAAUUAAAUUUAAUAAAAUGAUAAUAAACUAUUUAAUUCUGACGAAAAUUUGAAAUUUAAAAAAAAAUUUUAAAGUGUUCUCUUAAGGAGCAAUUAGGUGUUGUCCAAUAAAAAAAAAAUUGAUAAAACGAUUGCCCAAAGAGACUGAAAUGAAAUAAUAUAAAUUAAAAUAAAUAAUAAAAAACAGUUAAGCCUCUCUGCUGAGCUUGGAAUUGUUCGGAGGCGUCCAACGUUGUUGCACGAAAUAAAAAAAAAAUAAAUAAACCACCAUAAAAAAUUUAAAAAUAAUUAAAAAAACAAACGGAACAAUUAAAUGAUAAGGCGGCUAUGAUAGUUUGUAAUAUAAAUUUAAAAAAAAAACAUAUUCAAAGCCGUUAUAAAUAAAAAAAAUAUAUAAAUUACGGAGGCAUAGUUUAAUAAGAGUUAUUAUUGUAGAAAAAUUAUAAAAUUACUUAUCAUCUGCGAAUGCUUCAUUUAUAAAAAAAACAUCUUUACUAAAAAAUAUAUAUAGGUUUUUUUUUUUUUUCGUUUUUUUUUUUAUUUAAAAAGAGUUAACAAAAUAAAAGAAAUUCUCACAAUAAUAACAAAUUAAAUUUAAUCAAUUUUUAUGCAAUUAUCAUAGUCAACCUUGACUACAUAUCAAACAAAAAAAAAAUAACUUGUAGCAGCUAGAUGGUCUCUAUUAUAAUAUUCAAAUGAUGCUAAAAAAAAUUUAUAAAAUUAUUAAAUUAUUGGCUUUUUGGUGUUGAUACUGAAUUGAUAUAAAAUUGGCUUAGUAAAUUAAAAAAUAAAAUAAAAAUAAAAUCAGCAGGAAAAACAAAACUAUUCAUAUAUAAUUGGAUAAUUUUUUUAAACAAAAUAUAAUGAUUAAAAUAAUUAUCGAAAUUAUUUAUCUUCUUGUCUCACUGAUAAUAUUACGUUCGACAAUAAUAUUUCGAAAUCUUUUUUUAUUUGUCUUUUUCUCUAACUUUUAAUCUCUAUAUAAAUUUCUAACUAUCAAAAUUUAAAAUAUGCUGUUUUAAUAUCUUGGAAUCUUAAUAUUAACAAAAGCAGAUGCAUAAUUCAAAACUGUUAAUGAUGUUGUUGUUGUUGUUGUUGUUGUUAUUGUUGUUGUUGUUGUUACGCGUACUACGUACCUUCUGAAAAACGAUUAUAAUGAUUUUUAAACUAUUUAAAAAAAUAAUCAAUAAUUAAAAAAUAGUCAUUGAUAUAAUAUGGUUUUAAUAAUCGGAAAUAAAAUUAUGAAAAGUUUUCAAAGCUUUAGCUGUAUAUUAAAUAAUUUUUUUUUUUAUAUAAAUUCAUUAAUGUUUAACAACAUAUAGCAGUCGUUAUAUAAUAACUUUUGAGACAAUGAAGAUAUUUAAAUUUUUUUUUAAAUAUAUGAUGUAGUUUUGUAUGAAAGUAAAUAAUAAAUUAUGUAAAUAGCCAAUUUUAUCAACUCAGUGUUAAUACCGAAAACAUAUUUUUAUUUUAUUUCAUUUUUAAAUAAUUAUUGAGAAUAUUGACAUGGGGUGUUUCAAGACGAAUCGCUAUAAUUUAGUCAUCUUCUGUAUUUUUUAAAUUUAAAACUAAUUUAAUUAUUAUUUUUUAAAAAAUUAUAAAUUUUACAUUUUUAAUUGUAUGAAUAAAACAAAUACGGUGGAAAUGUUUCGAUAUUAAACUCAGUUUCAUAGGAAAAAAAAUAAAAAUCUCAGGAAGUUGAACAUAAAAAAAAAUCAUAUUUAAAAGUCGAUAUAGCACAAUCGAAAACUGAGCGUUCAUAUCGAAACAUUUAAAAUUUAUAUUUUGAUAUUUUUGGGAAAUUUAAGAGUUGAAGGAAAAAUAUU